CACCCCGUACAUUUGUCUUGGCCUCUUGCUGUCCCGUCAGCCUGUCCCCUUCAAAUCUUUCGUGUCCACUUCCACUUGCUUCCUGCCUCCAAUCCAUCGAUCCAUUGAUCGUCGCCCUCGCUACCGUCAACGUUCAUGGCCACUGCGAGCUUCGACGGCAAUGUCCCGCGGCACGGCGGCGGCGCCGGGAGCGGGCCCCUCGGCGUGCACGGAGCGUCGCGCAAGAUCGGAAAGCCUGGCGCCGGGCAGCAGGACCGGAAGCCGGUCAUUAUCUACGUGGUAUCCCCCAAGGUCAUCCACGUUGAGGCCCACGAGUUCAUGGCGCUCGUGCAGCGGCUCACCGGACCGGACGCCGGCCGCGGGGACAAGAAGAGCAGGCCGUCAACGCCCGGCGGCGCGUCGUCCCCCGCGAGGCCGGAACCGGAAGGCGCGCGCAACAAGGGCGCUGGGACCAGAGCGGCGCCGCCGGUGCGCGUGACGGCGUGCGCACUGAAUCGGCCCGCGGGAUCCGCGGUGUCGGUGUCGGUGACGGCCACGAGGCAGCAGGCCGCCGGUCCCUCGGCGGCGGCCGCUGCGUCGCCGUCGGGAUUCAUGUUCCACGACCUCAGCCCGCUCCGCGGCGGCGCGCUCAAGGGCGAGCACCCCCUGAUGGUGUCCCCCGGAUGGCUGCACCACGUCAGCGACCACUUCCUCAGCCCCGGCACCUCGCCGUCGGCCGGCUUCCUCGACAUCUUCGGGCCACUGUCCACUUCCUCGCAGCAGCAGUGAUCGAAUCAACCGGUGAGUGGUGACAUGACAUGCAUGGCCAGCAUGCGCUAGGGUUUCUGCAUGCACUCGCAUGCAUGGACAGUUGGACACUGAUGAGAUCGAAGAGGCCAUGCAUGCAUAUUUCUUCUCGAUGUUUGAUAGGACUGGUUCAGAAACUGUUUAUAGUGUAGGUUCUACACUUUUCCCUUCGACCCGAUCAUCCAAUCGCUUCACAACAACUGACCGGAUAGACAAAAACCCCAAGCUUCUGCUGCACUCGUCUGGAAGAUGAAGAAGAUUGAAUUGGAAGAAAGGAGAGAUGGGGAUGAAGGGGGUAUAUAUACACAUCAUAUGUACAUGAGUUCUCGAUCUGAUAUUGUAUUUGUUCUUGCUUACUUUCCCUUGAUUAGUAUUUUGUGAUGGGAGUUUUUGAUGCAAGGAUUGUUUUGAUUUUGGUGGAGUGCUAGUUGUAACAUCAAUAAUGUAUGUAUGGUACCAUUUCGUACGCUACUCAUGGAAUUGAUUUAUUUAUUGAUUCGUUUUA